UCCAUAUAAACAAACAAUUGAGAAAGUGAAUCCCUUCAAUGUAUGCCAAAGGUUUUUGUCUCUAUAGAGGAACCCAUCAGAAGCAGAUGAUCCAAACCUUCAAUUUUACACCUUUCUUUUUACACUUUAACCGCCAUUCGGCUUUUGUUAUAUUUACAGGGAUAAAGGUCUCUUCAAAAGACCAACCCAGUAGACUCUAACAACUAUCAGAGCCUAUACGGGUAUCAUUACUCGUUUAUGUUUCAAUUUUCGGUGUAUUUGAUGAUGGUUGGCUUUUAUCUAAAAUAUUUUUCAGGUUGUAAUUUUUUUUUUCUGCUUCAAUAUUGUUGCUUGAUUAAAUCAUUGAUUUCUGAGUUUUGAGCUUGUCGUGAUUGUUGAAUUGAAGUUUGUUUCAUUGAAUAUUUGCUUCCUUAAAUAUCAGAAUUGCCCAAUGCUAGAUAUUGACUACCUGAAAAAUUCGAGUUUGUUUGAUUGAAUAUUUGAAUUCCUUUCAUGUAUUGAAGGCUGUUCAUCCGACACUAGGAAAGGAGCGUCCUUUCAUGGUUUUCCUACAAAAGGGUUUCUGGUGAUCACUACGUUAGAGCUAAUUUGAUUGAGCUAUGACAAGAAGGGUGAGGAGGAAAUUGUCACACUUGGGCAAAAACAAGGAAAUUGUAGGCAGUAAUUCAGAGAUUACAGAUGGCGGACGUUUGCAUUUGAAUACUAUAGGUGACCUUGAUUGGACAACUUUGCCUGAUGACACAGCUAUUCAACUCUUUUCUUAUUUGAAUUAUCGAGACCGAGCUAGCUUGUCAUCAACAUGUCGAACAUUUAGAUCAUUAGGUUCCUCCCCUUGUUUAUGGGAUUCACUUGACCUCCGGUCUCAUAAGUUUGACAUUGAAGCAGCUGAGUCACUUAAAUCUCGAUCCAAAAAUAUCCGGAAGCUCAGGUUUCGUGGAGCAGAGUCUGCUGAUGCAAUAAUUAGUCUUCAAGCUAGGGAACUUCGUGAAAUCAGUGGUGAUUUCUGUCGGGAUAUUACAGAUGCUACGAUUUCAAUCAUAGCAGCUCGUCAUGAGAUGCUCGAGAGCCUCAAACUUGGAUCAAAUGCUUGUGAAAGAAUCAGCAGUGAUGCAAUCAAAGCAAUAGCCCUUUGCUGCCCUUUGUUGAGAAGGCUUCAGCUUUCAGGUGUCAGAGAAGUUAGCAAAGACGCCAUAAAUUCUCUAGCUAGGCACUGCAGGAAUUUGCUAGAUGUUGCAUUCAUGGAAUCAGAUGCUGUUGAUGAAGUGGCAUUGGGAAACCUGGCUUCCGUUCGAUUUCUGUCAGUUGCUGGAACAAGAAACCUCAAAUGGGGUUUUGCCUCGCAAGUUUGGAGUAAAUUACCCUAUUUGGUGGGGUUAGAUGUGUCAAGAACAGAUAUAAGUUUGAGUUCUAUCAGGAGAAUACUGUCAUCAUCAGAAAAACUUAAAGUAUUGUUUGCCUUGAACUGUCCAGUUUUUGAAGCUGAAGUUGAUAAUGACAUGGUAUACAUUCAUAAGGGUAAAAUAUUGCUAACUGUUUUUAAUGACAUUUCCAAGGCAAUAACCUCUUUAUUUGCGGAUGCAACUGAAAAUGAAAGCAAAAUUUUCUCUUCUUGGAAGAAAUUAAAGAUCAUGGAUAGAAGCUUAGAUGAGAUUGUCUUGUGGAUUGAAUGGGUACUCUCGCAUUCGCUUUUACGUAUUGCAGAGAACAAUCCAAAGGAGCUUGAUCUUUUCUGGGUCAAGCAAGGGGCAGAAUUAUUGCUUCAUUUAUUGCAAAGCUCAGAAGAAGAUGUUCAAGAAAGAGCAGCUACUGCUGUUGCAACUUUUGUUGUCAUUGAUGAUGAAAAUGCCACUAUUGAUUGUCGAAGGGCUGAGGCAUUUAUGCGGAAUGGUGGAAUAAAGUUGCUUUUGGACCUUGGAAAAUCUUGUCAAGAGGGACUUCAAUCUGAAGCAGCAAAGGCAAUAGCAAAUUUAUCUGUCGAUUCAAAAGUAGCAAAGGCUGUUGCUGAAAUUGGUGGAAUUUAUAUCCUUGCCGAUUUAGCUAGGUCAAUGAAUAGAUUGGUUGCUGAAGAGGCUGCCGGAGGCCUAUGGAAUCUUUCUGUUGGAGAAGAGCACAAGGCUGCCAUUGCUGAGGCUGGUGGCAUAAAAGCUUUGGUUGAUCUUAUUUUCAAAUGGCCUUCUAGUAGCGAUGGAGUUCUUGAACGUGCAGCUGGGGCGCUUGCAAAUUUGGCUGCUGAUGACAAGUGCAGCAUGGAAGUAGCAUUGGCUGGUGGUGUCCGUGCUCUAGUAAUGCUUGCUAAGUCCUGCAAGUUUGAAGGAGUGCAAGAGCAGGUGAUACUAGCUGCUCGUGCAUUGGCAAAUUUGGCUGCUCAUGGAGAUAGCAAUAUUAAUAAUGCUGCUGUUGGCCAAGAGGCAGGUGCACUGGAAGCGUUGGUCCAACUAACUUGUUCUCAACAUGAAGGUGUAAGGCAUGAGGCUGCUGGUGCUCUGUGGAAUUUAUCAUUUGAUGACAAAAAUCGAGAAGCGAUAGCAGCAGCUGGUGGUAUCGUGGCUUUGGUUUCUCUCGCACAAUCUUGCUCGAAUUCCUCCCAGGGUCUUCAAGAAAGGGCUGCAGGUGCUCUGUGGGGAUUGUCAGUAUCAGAAGCUAACAGUGUUGCUAUUGGACAAGUUGGCGGUGUAGCUCCACUUAUUGCGUUAGCUCGCUCAGAUGUUGCAGAUGUCCAUGAGACUGCAGCAGGGGCUAUUUGGAAUCUGGCUUUUAAUCCUGGUAAUGCACGUCGCAUAGCGGAAGAUGGAGGAGUUCCAGCCCUUGUUCAUCUUUGUACUUCUUCACUUUCAAAAAUGGCACGUUUUAUGGCCGCAUUGGCACUGGCAUACAUUUUCGACAGGAGAAUGGAUGAAAUUGUAGCUGCAGGACCUUUAACAGAAGGUGCUUCAAAGUUUAUGAGCUUAGAUGUUAUUAAAAGGAUUUCCCUGAAACACGUGGAAGGAUUUGUGCGUUCAUUUUCUGAUUCACAAACCCUUGCCUCUGUGGUUGUAUCAUCUACCCCAAAUGCUCUUUCACAAGUAGCGGAAGCAGCACGGAUACCAGAAGCUGGGCUCCUGAGAUGCAGUGCGGCAGAGAUUGGAAGAUUUGUUGCCAUGUUACGGAAUCAAUCUUCUAUACUCAAGGCGUGCUCUGCUUUUGCACUUCUGCAAUUCACCAUGCCUGGAGGACGACAUGCGCUUCAUCACGCAAGCCUUUUACAGAAUGCAGGAGCACCAAGGACCUUACGAGCUACUGCUGCUGCUGCAAGUGGUCCUGUUGAAGCCAAAGUUUUUGCAAAAAUUGUGCUCCGGAACCUCGAACACCACCAAUUGGAAGCCUGUUAAUUCUGGUAGUAGUUCCAUUCCAAAUGGUGAUGUUUUUGCUGCUUUAAGUUCUGGUCCCUGUUAUCCAAAGCCGAAGAGAAGUUUUCUGAUAUAGUCCAGCUCCAGGAUGAAUUGAAGCAUGAUCUAGCAGUUUGGUUGAAUCUAGGGAAGUCUAGAAGCUUCACGUAAAGUGUCACCUUAGUGCUAACAGUUUUGACCCGGAUCAUCCAAGUGUUGAAGCUUUCGGAAAUACAGGAAUUGGGCAUGGCUUAUAAUCAUCAUCCCAUCCCUUUGGGUUGCAUUAAUCAACAUCUUCUUGUGCAAAGGUUCAGACUUAGACAGCAAAUAAAACUCUGUAUAUGUUCAGUUUAGACUUUCGAGGUUUAAUACUUACAGUAUACAUCUUAAGUUCUUGAUCA